CACACCCAAAAGAGAAACCACAAUCUGUAUAUAAGUGGGUUUAUAGACCUCCAGCAGUGACAGGUGGAGGUCGAUGCAGACACGAUGCUCACUCUUCAGGCCCUGACGCUGCUUUAUGUUCUGACAUCUCUCAGACUGAAUGCUAAUGGGAGUGAGAUCAUAAAUGGUAAAAAAGUACCUGACAACCAGAUGUUGUAUAUGGCCUCCGUGCAGAGCGGUAACACCCAUGUAUGUGGAGGGUUCCUCAUCAGUAAGGACUUUGUUGUCACCGCUGCACACUGUAGCAAACCAAAUCCAACGAGUGUUGUUCUGGGAACUCACAAUCUGAAGAAGGUUGAUAGCAAAACAAUGAGAUAUGAUGUCACUCAAUGCAAGCUUGUGGAUUUUCACAAUAUUGUGUCUGGUAAAGACAUCAUGCUUCUCAAACUGAAAAAGAAAGCAAAACUAGGCAAGAAAGUGCAACUGGUUAAGCUGCCAAAGACAGACAUGACAAUGAAAGCUAACACUGAGUGUCGUGUUGCUGGAUGGGGCCUCACUAAAACUGGUGGUGAAGCUGUUGACCAGCUCCAAAUGUCUAAUGUGUCUAUAGUUGACCCAGAGGAGUGCAAGAAGAGAUUGGAUGGCAAACUUCCAAACAAUGUUAUCUGUGCUGGCGGAUACAAGACAAAAAAUGGAUUUUGCCAGGGAGAUUCUGGUGGGCCUCUAAUUUGCCAGGGGGUGGCCAUUGGUGUUGUCUCUUUCAAUGUUGGCAAAAACUGUGACUAUCCAAACUGGCCAAAUGUGUAUACAGAUGUGUCUAAAUACCUUCCCAGCAUUAAAAAGAUGCUCCAAACCAAAAAAUCAUGUGAUUUUGAUGGUCAUUGCUUAGACUCUACAGAGGCAGCAGUGGUUCAGGAGGUAGAGCAGGUUGUCCAUUGUGGUCGGAGGGACUGGUGGCACCUGUGUUUGGGAGCCUUGCCUCAGUCAGUGUGUCCCAGGUUUUCAGUUGGUGGUAGUGAGAUCAUAGAUGGGGAAAAAGCUCCAGAGGACUCAAUGCAGUACAUGGUCUCACUGCAAACCAGAUGGGGUCACGAAUGUGGAGGAUUUCUAAUCAGUGAAGAGUUUGUGGUAACUGCAGCACACUGUAGAGAUCACGCAGCUCUUCAGCACGUUCGUCUGGGACACCACGAUCUCAAAGAAGCCAAGUCAGUCAGUAUUGAAUAUACGUGCAAGUUUCCAGCUUAUUGGAGUGUAGGACACGGCAAUGACAUCAUGCUUGUUAAACUGGCAGAGAGGGCUCCUCUAAACAGCAAAACCAAAACAAUUCCACUUCCUAAUUCUGCAACAAAUCUGAAGGAAAAUCAGACGUGCUCUGUGGCUGGAUGGGGAAAGACAGAAACUCACCGCUAUGGUGUCACGGAGCUGAGAGUGGUGAGCGUGUCCAUCAUAGAUCCACCAAUCUGUCAGGAGAUGUGGGGAAAUGAUCUUCCUCGUAACGUCAUCUGUGCUGGUGGAUUUGGCACUAAAAAGGGAUUCUGUCAGGGUGACUCUGGUGGUCCACUGGUGUGCAACGGGGAAGCUGUUGGGGUUGUGUCUUUUAACAAACAUGCCAACUGCGACUACCCAGACGUACCGAAUGUCUAUACAGACCUCUCCAAGUAUCUCCCAUGGAUUCACAAUGUUCUGAGAGAAAAUAAGUGUGUGUAAAACGCUUUUACAAUGAUUUCACUCAGCAAAGCUUUCGUAAUAAAGACAAAACUGUAUUGUUUCUGUCU